AUGCGAUUAUCGCGUAGCAAUUACUUCCUACGUCAAAAAUGCAUCAUUUUUCGUCAAAAGUGUAAAUUGACGGAAAACGGUCCCAUUCGUGUACGUUUCGCUCCAAGUCCUACAGGUUUAAUGCAUUUAGGCGGUUUACGUACUGCCUUAUUUAACAAGUUGUUUGCUGUGAAACAUUCGGGGAAAUUCAUACUACGUAUUGAAGAUACGGAUAAGUCCAGAGUUCAACCAUAUGCUAAGGACGAUAUUAUCGAGUCGCUUCACUGGUCUGGACUAACUCCUGACGAAAGUCCAACCACUGGUGGAAAUUAUGGUUCGUACAUUCAAUCGGAAAGAAGACCCCUGUAUUCAUCUAUUGCUCAAAAGUUAAUUGAUGAAGGAUUUGCUUAUCGAUGCUUCUGCUCUUCAGAACGACUAGCUAUCUUACGCAAGGAACAAAGUCGUCGUAGGGAACCUCACCGUUAUGAUAAUCGUUGCCGUAAUUUAUCUCAAAGGGAAAUCGACGAAAACUUAUCAGCUUCUCGGCCAUAUGUUAUUCGGUUCAAGAUUGAUAAUUCACCAAUAGAAGUAAAUGACAUCGUUUACGGAAGUUCUGUCUUCAAUUCACUCAAUUCUGAAGGAGAUUUUAUCAUUGUGAAAUCCGAUGGUAUGCCUGUUUACCAUUUGGCCAACGUAAUUGAUGAUCAUUAUAUGGAAAUCAGUCAUGUUAUUAGAGGAUUUGAAUGGUUUACUUCCACGCCUAAGCAUUUGAUGCUAUACAAAGCUUUAAAUUGGUCACCUCCACAGUUUGCACAUCUUCCUCUGUUACUUUCCAGUUCAGGUGGUAAACUGUCUAAACGUAGUCCAGAAUUCUCUCUUAUCGGUAGUGUUCACAGUUUGCGUAAGGCUGGUUAUAUGCCGUCUGCCGUAUUGAAUUGGUUGACAUCCACCGGAGGUGGUGUCUGUCAUGAUGAUUCUAACGAAAAGGGCGACUUUUCGAAUAAGUGGAGGCCUGAACUCGAAUUCUCUGAAUUAGUUUCUCGAUUCAACUUAAGUAAUAUCAAUCGUCAUAACGCUCAUUUAUCAACAGAUUUGUUAAAAAUAUGCGGCCAAUUUCAUUUUGAUAAAGCUGUAAACAAUGCAUUGGAUUAUUGUAUAAUGCAUCAAAAGCAAAGUAAUCAGACCACUUAUAAAACUCCACAAAUACUAGAAACAAUUAAAGAAUAUCUGCAGUCAAAUGUAGAAAACUUGUCUAUUGGUAAAAGUCAAUCUGCUCAAAAUGAUUUGCAUGUGUUGAAACGAUUGCAACUCUUGAAAUGUCGUGUUCACUGUUUGGAUGACUUAGUCGACCCCGAUAAUGGUUUCUUAUUUAUGUGGAAGUCUCCAGAUUUAGCUACUUGUGAAGGCGUUAUCAAUAAAAUUUCUAUGAAAAUACCUUUACAAGACAUACUCAGAUUGUUUGGAUGUUUUGUUGAAGAAAUGAAUUAUAUUCUUCAGAAAGAACAAGUGAAUGAUAGCACAGAUUUAAACUCUGAUGUGAUAACAACUUCCCUUCAGAGUGUCUGUGAACGUUCAGGAGUUGGACGUACGACUGUAUUGCACCUAAUCAGAUUAGGCCUUACAGGAUUCGAGGUGGGGCCUCCUGUGGUCGAACUUAUUCAAUUGUUGUCCAUACCAGAAGUGACUAAUCGGAUAAACAAUCUAAAUAAUUUUCUAAUACGAAACUGUUCCCAAUCUCAUGAAGCUUUGUAA